ACUCUGUUGCAAUUGCAAUUGCUACAUCGCUAACCCAAAACUAAACAACGCAACACAACACUCUCAUCUCAUUUUAUGAAACACGCUACACUUUCUUCUCUCCGUUUCGUUUCACCCCAACUCAUCACAAACUCACUCACUCUCUUCCUCUUUCACUCGCCCUCUCUCUAAUCCAACCCUCACGCGCAGGGUUUUCGAGUGACGUUGAGAAUUUGUAAUGGAUUAUGAGGCUGAUGGUUAUGGUGCCAAUGGCGAGGGAGAGAGCAAGAGAGUGGGUGAAGGAGUUUCUGAGGAGAUUGUGGUGGGGUCCGACAGUUUGAAGAGUUUAGAUGUAGAGGUGGAUUUUCAGGAGGCAAUGGAGCCACGGGAGCAGGUUCGUGAUCAAGGAUCGGAACUCCGUCCGGAGGAGGCAGUAGUUGAUAAACUGGAUGAUACCAACGCUGGUAGUUCAUUGACUUCAGCUUUGGUGGAUGAACAAAGUUCAGAUGUCGUUCAGGAGCCUGAUUCCUCUAAGGAGGCCAUUGGGGCUGAUUAUGAGUAUGGGAAACUGGGUGAAACUGAUUUAAUUGCUAAUCAGGAUUCGAAAUGGGAUGAGCCGGGAAAUGAUACUGUUCAUCUGGAUGGUGUUGAUUCUGGAGUGUCUGGAGAUGAUGAUUUUUUUUAUGGUUCUAAUGGUGUGGAGGAGGAUAAUUUGGAGCAUAAUGAUGAGAUAGGUGGAAAGGAAGAGUCUGGGUUAAAUUCUGACGUAGAGGUGUCUGAUAAGGAAAAUGGUUUUGUGGUGGAUGAAAACUCUGGUUUGACGAGUGAUAAGGCUGAAUUUGAUGAUACUGAAUUCAAAACUCCUAGAGAAAAUGGUGGUACAACGUUGGAUGAUGUAAACACAGACAAGGAGGACGGUUUGGACACUGAAGUUAUUAUGGAAUCUGAAUCCGGUGUCGUGAUUCCAGCUGAAGGUACUGACGAUGGGGAUUUGAAGGAGUGUGACGCAGAUCCUGAAAUUGGAGAUGGCAAUACAGAGGUGAAGUUAAAUGAUUCAGCUGAUUCUUCGGGUGAGAUUCACGAUGAUACAUAUGAAGAAGUACAUGCCACUUCAGCUGACACGACUUUAGAACAACAGGAUGAAGUUACUAGGGAUGUGAAGGAUGCUACUCUGGGCACUGAUAUAAGCCAUGAGGAUAAAAAUGAAGAAGAAACGAGUGCCCCUAGCAUUCAGAAUGCUGAAUUAACUGGUUAUGGAAAUGGUGAUGCCGAAGAUGAAAUCUCAUCCUCUUUGGAAAUUCCCUCAACUAAGGAGACAUUGCCUAUUCAGGAGGGUAGUGCGGCUGAUCCAAACGACGGAAGUAAUAAGGAUGAUCAAGCUCAGAUUUCAGAUGAAAAUCAUAGAGAUGAUGAGAACUCUUGUGUGGUUGAAGAGCCUGAAAGGAUACAUGAGAAGAUUAUUAAAGAGAUAGGAACCACACAAGAGACUGGAGAGCAACCUGUUCAACCUUCCACAGUUGUUUCUUCGACCGAAAGGUCUGCUGAUGCUGGGCCUCUUCCUGUUCAUCCUUCAUCUGAAAAUUCUGUGGGUGCUGGACCCAUUCCUGUUCGUCCCGCCGGCCUUGGUCGUGCAGCUCCAUUGCUGGAACCUGCAUCUCGGGUGGUGCAGCAGCCUCGUGCUAAUGGUACUGUGUCUAACGCUCAAGCCCAGCAAAUGGAUGACUCCUCGAGUGGGGAGGCUGAGGAGUAUGACGAGACACGGGAGAAACUUCAGAUGAUCAGGGUGAAGUUUUUACGGUUGGCUCAUAGGCUUGGGCAAACUCCCCAUAAUGUUGUUGUAGCUCAAGUUUUAUAUAGAUUAGGACUAGCUGAGCAACUAAGAGGAAGGAAUGGGGGCCGUGUUGGUGCUUUUAGCUUUGACCGUGCAAGUGCAAUGGCGGAGCAGCUUGAAGCUGCAGGUCAGGAGCCACUUGAUUUCUCUUGUACAAUAAUGGUCCUUGGAAAGACUGGAGUUGGUAAAAGUGCUACCAUCAAUUCUAUUUUUGACGAGGUUAAGUUUAAUACCAGUGCUUUUAGUAUGGGAACCAAGAAGGUUCAGGAUGUCGUGGGAACAGUCCAGGGUAUUAAGGUACGGGUCAUUGAUACACCAGGACUUCUACCUUCCUGGUCAGACCAGCGAAGCAACGAGAAGAUCCUCCUCUCUGUUAAGAACUUCAUAAAGAAAACUCCUCCUGAUAUUGUGUUGUAUCUUGAUAGGUUAGAUAUGCAAAGCAGGGAUUUUAGUGACAUGCCACUCUUACGCACAAUUACGGAAAUUUUUGGGCCAUCCAUUUGGUUCAAUGCCAUUGUGGUUCUGACUCAUGCAGCAUCUGCCCCUCCUGAAGGUCCCAAUGGCACUGCUUCCAGUUACGACAUGUUUGUUACUCAGCGUUCUCAUGUCGUGCAGCAAGCCAUUCGCCAAGCAGCUGGUGACAUGCGUCUCAUGAAUCCUGUAUCCUUGGUAGAGAACCACUCUGCUUGCCGAACAAACAGGGCUGGCCAGAGAGUAUUGCCAAAUGGCCAGGUUUGGAAGCCUCAUUUGUUACUUCUAUCUUUUGCCUCUAAAAUUCUGGCCGAAGCAAAUGCUCUUCUUAAGUUACAAGAUAGUCCACCUGGGAAGCCUUAUAUAGCUCGAGCACGAGCGCCUCCAUUACCUUUUCUUUUGUCAACCCUUCUCCAAUCACGACCACAGUUAAAGUUGCCGGAGGAGCAGUUUGGUGACGAGGACAGUCUUGAUGAUGACCUUGAUGAGGCAUCAGAGUCUGAUGAUGAGAAUGAACAUGAUGACCUGCCGCCAUUUAAACCUUUAACAAAGGCUCAGGUGGAAAAGCUGUCUAAGGCUCAUAAAAAAGCAUAUUUUGAUGAGUUAGAGUAUAGGGAAAAGCUUUUGAUGAAGAAACAAUUGAAGGAAGAAAGAAAGCGACGGAAAUUGAUGAAGAAAAUGGCAGAAGCAGCAAAAGAUCUACCUAGUGAUUACAGUGAAAAUGCGGAAGAAGAAGGUGGUGGUGCAGCUUCUGUUCCUGUUCCGAUGCCAGAUUUGGCCCUUCCUGCAUCUUUUGAUUCUGAUAACCCCACUCACCGGUAUCGUUAUCUUGAUUCAUCAAACCAGUGGCUUGUUAGACCUGUUCUAGAAACUCAUGGAUGGGAUCAUGAUGUGGGUUAUGAAGGCCUGAAUGUAGAAAGGUUGUUCGUUGUCAAGGACAGGAUACCUUUGUCUUUCACGGGUCAGGUUACUAAAGAUAAAAAGGAUGCUAAUGUUCAGAUGGAAAUAGCCGGCUCAGUUAAGCACGGGGAAGGGAAAGCAACUUCAUUAGGAUUUGAUAUGCAGACUGUGGGCAAGGACUUGGCUUAUACAUUACGCAGUGAGACAAGAUUUACUAAUUUUAGAAGAAAUAAGGCAACCGCUGGUCUUUCAUUUACUUUGCUUGGUGAUGCCUUAUCAGGUGGAGUUAAGAUUGAAGACAAAUUGGUUGCCAGUAAGCGGUUCAGGGUGGUUAUCAGUGGUGGUGCAAUGGCAGGGCGCAACGACAUUGCAUAUGGUGGCAGUUUGGAGGCCCAGUUAAGAGAUAAAGAUUAUCCUUUGGGUCGUUUCCUAUCUACUCUCGGGCUCUCUGUUAUGGAUUGGCAUGGGGAUCUUGCUGUUGGGUGCAAUGUGCAAUCUCAAAUCCCAGUUGGACGACAUACGAACCUGGUUGCCCGGGCGAAUUUGAACAAUCGAGGGGCAGGACAAAUAAGUGUUCGAUUAAACAGUUCGGAACAGCUUCAAAUUGCUUUGGUUGCUCUCAUUCCUCUCGUAAAGAAGCUAGUUGGUUAUCCUCAACAAUUGCAGUAUGGGCAAUAUUAACGAUGAUAGUGUUAGUUUACUUCAGCUGCAACACCUGCAUGGUAAUAGGGAAUGACUUCAAGUUGGCAUCUUUCAUGAAUUGAGGUGAUACUGAAAUUCGCUAUGUUUUUUCAUACUCAAGUUUGUCUUAUUUGAUCAUAUAGUACUUUUCUUCGUUAGCUAUUCUCUUUCGGUGUUUUUGUUAAAUUAUGCUGCUGAACUCCAAGAAUUACAUCAUUUUUAUUCUUGUCUUCUGCGGA